AUGGUCCUGGUCGCCAUCCCGGGGCCCUUUCCUGUGUCCCACGCGGCCGUGCGCAGCGCCUCGGCAGGGAGGGAACGGGGGGUUCCAAGCACUGGUACCAUAUUGUGUUUCCAACCUGCUGUGUUCUGUUUGUUUGUUUUGUCAUUGCAGGUGAUUUUUAAAGCCAAGUCCAAAUAUUCUCCAGAAUUACUCAAGUACCGGUUCCCCCUCUACCUGGCCUCGCUCCUCAUCAGCCUCGUCUUCCUGCUGGUGAACCUCACCUGCGCGGUGUUGGUGAAGACGGGCCACUGGGAGAGGAAGGUCAUCGUGUCUGUGCGCGUGGCCAUUAACGACACGCUCUUUGUGCUGUGUGCUGUGUCUCUGUCCGUCUGCCUCUACAAAAUCUCUAAGAUGUCCUUGGCCAACAUCUACCUGGAGUCCAAGGGCUCCUCCGUGUGUCAAGUGACUGCCGUCGGUGUCACCGUCAUCCUGCUUUACGCCUCCCGCGCCUGCUACAACCUGUUCACCCUGUCGUUCUCCCAGAGCAGGAACGUGCGCUCCUUCGACUAUGACUGGUACAACGUGUCCGACCAGGCGGACCUGCGGAACCAGCUGGGCGACGCCGGCUACGUGGUGUUCGGAGUGGUCCUGUUCGUGUGGGAGCUCUUACCUACCACCUUAGUGGUCUUCUUCUUCCGAGUUAGGAGUCCUGCAAAGGACCUGACCAACCCGGGAAUGGUCCCCAGCCACGGAUUCAGUCCCAGGUCUUACUUCUUUGACAACCCUCGGAGGUAUGACAGUGAUGAUGACCUUGCCUGGAACGUUGCCCCUCAGGGACUUCAGGGAAGCUUUGCUCCGGACUACUAUGACUGGGGACAGCAAGCGAACAGCGUCCUGGCACAAGGGGGAACUUCGCAGCCAGAUUCAGUUUUGGAUCCUGACAGACCGAGCCACGGGUAGCGUCAGUUAACAGUUUUAUGGAAGAUUCCUCAGUUGAAAAGCUUCAGAAAGACUAAUGUAAUGACAACUGAACUUUAGGGCACUUUUCCUUAAGAAAUAGGACUUGAUUUUUAUUUGUCACAGGUUUCUGAUGGCUCCAUAGGACUAAGCAAUAAUUUAGAUUGAUAAAACCGUAUUUUAGUACUAAAAAGUGAGCCUGGCUGCCAACUUCAGCAGCUGUAAUUUAAACUUUAAAAAAAUUCUGUACUUUUAUAAAGAUGUAUUUUAUAUAACUUAAAUAAUAAUGCUAAAAUAUACUAGGGUUUUUUGAGAAUAUUACUGCAAUAUAUGUUGUAAUUUGCACAGACUUUUAUGCAUAAUUCACUUUAAAAGGAUACAGGACAUGGUCUGAUGGUUUUUUUUUAAAGGCUUUUGGACUAAAGUAGUCUUCAGAUCCUUACCUCUUCAGGUCACUCAGAUUCUGAGCUCCAUGCUGGUAGAGACUAACUAUAAUCGACAUCUAGAAAGCCGGUUGCAACCCGCGUUGAAGGUUGUAACGUAGCAGAAUGUCAGCGGACUGCGUGUGAGGGAACUGGCUCCUCAGAGCUGUUCAAAGCCCAGGUGGUUGGGCCCUCGAAGAAUCUCCUGUAUGUUGCCAACAUUUAGUGCUGCUCUAAACAAGGCGCUAGUGCAGACACUACGCUGGUAAGUUGAUAACGUUAAGAGCAUUGAUAGAAUCGACUCACGCUGGCAAAGCUCCCCUGCUGUACUGGAGACUUCUGCAUGCUUUGUGAGACCCGCCGCCUCGGGACUCUGCGGGACUGCCCCUCUCCCAGCUCACUGCACAUCCAUCCGUCCAUGGGCAAGGAAGAGGGUCUCACCAGGGGAUCGGUAACAAAUCCCCCUGGGUCCUUGAGCCAAAAGCCUGGAAUCCUAGCAGCUUUCUUUUAGUUUCCAACCACAUUAAGGAGCUGUGAGAGCAGCCCGCUGGAGGCUGUGCGCUUGACGUGGGAGCAGCAGGGCCCUGCUGUCUAGCACAAGGGCCGUCUCUCAGCCACGUGAAGGGGCUCACUGUUGUCAUUCAUGUAAGUGAAACACAUGUCGUGACGUACUAGUUCCCCAGCCGUUAAGUGCCAUUCUAGAAUCUCCAAGCGUGACACAUGUAAUGAUGAUGCGUAUAUAACAUCUAGCCUGCAGUUGUAAACUGCCUGCGGUAGGAGCGCAUACCCGGCUGUCAGGGAGGUCGCACGCUCGCUCUUCCUACGGAACGGAGUGACCUACCAGAGGCAGAAAGUGCCCCCCGCUCGGCCUAGGGGACCUCCCAUCUCGGGACAGAGGCAGGGAGGGGCAGGCGGAGAGGAGCUCACACUGGUCAGUUCUGCCUGAGUGAGGAUGCCCGUUUCGGGUGUCUCGGACCUACCAUUUCAGUCUUCAGGCGUAACUAAUCUCUGGGCAUUGAUUUCACAGUGAUCAAAGUCUGCUUCUCUUGAUGGUUCUAUUUAAAACUGGGAUCUCAAGUUUGAAAUGGGUCAGGAUCGGGCUUUUCCUUGGCCCGGAACACCUCUGCCCUGCAUAGUCACACAAAACAUACUUGCCUUUCAGUGGGUGGAAGAAUUUGGGUCACAUAUUUAACAUAAUUACUGCCAGGGAAAAUUCUACACUGAAGCCAAAUUUGCACUGACUACGCCAGUUGCCUUAAAACGGUACAGUUGCUGUUCUGAGUAGCUUUACGAACACCCUACCUGCCACACUGUCUCUGUUACUGAUAUUUAGGAGAAUUUAAAGGCAGAUCAGCAAAUGCUUAAAAACCCUUUAAAUGGUGCUUUCAGGAAAUACUGUAGCUCUUCAAUAUUCGGUCACUGAAGGGCAGAUGUGUUUUUAAAAGCGUCACUAAAGCCAUGCGGUUUUUAUACUCAUCCUACAAUGAUGGACAGAUACUUUAUUAUUCUGAUUAUUGGCAGGAAGAUCGAAAUACUCAGCGUUAACUGGUAAAAGCCAUAACCCAUUUUUAUGAUAGAGCUGCUAGCAUUUAUUUGAACUGUUACUUUUUAUUGGAAAGGAUAAAAAUGUUCUCAGUGCCUGUUUUUCUCUUCUUCCCUUUUUAAAAAAUAAUGCUGAAGCACAAAUGUUGUAAACACAUCUAGAAUAUAAAAAACUGUGAUUGUAGCGAACUGUCUCUCUCUCAAGGUAAACGAUCGCACGUAUCCUGUGAAAUGUUGCAGGUGUGCUGUGGAAAGGAAGAUUACAGUUUUCUGCAGCUUCCUGAGUUGCUUGUGCAAGCUGCACUAACAAAGCUACUCGCAGGUGAACUGGUGAAGGCAAAGGGAAGGCAAGGAGUGGUGACUGCUGGCUCUAAAAUACCCAAGUGUUCUCUCGGUCUAAGGCAACGUGAUGAAACUAAAAGCCCCACAAUUUGAAAGUUAAAAAAGCAUGGGGAAGAGGCACUUACAUCACUGAAAAUUUUGUGCCAUGAUUUAUCGAAGUCUGACUCGGCACUAGAAGGCUGCACGUGACAGUUUCUUUGCAUCCAGUAGAAACAUGAAUAGAUGUCCACACUUCCGAGUUAACUGUCGAAAAACUUCCAUCUGAUUUGGGUACAGGCAGACCUCGGAGAUCCUGCAGGUUCGGCUCCAGACCACCGCAAUAGAGCAAGCACUGCAGUCAAGGGAGUCGCGGGAACUCUGUGGCCCCCCAGUGCGUGCAAAAGGUAUGUUUACACUACACUGCAGUCAGUCACUAAGUGUACAAUAUAUUGUCCUAAAAAAAGUUGUACACACCUUAAUUAAAAAAUACCAUAUUGCUAAAAAUAAAAAGUGCUAACCAUUAUCUGAGCCUUCAGCAAGCCGUAAUAGUAACAUCAAAGGUUACUGCUCACAGGUCCCCAUAACAAAUGUAGGAAUACUGCGAGAAUUGCCAGAAUGUGACACAGACAUGAUGCGAGCAAAUGCUGUUGG